UCAUGAUCGCGUCAGCCAGUGUAAAAGGCUGGUAAAACGAAAGCGUGUUAAACCAGUUGAAGCCGAGCGAGAAAACUCAAUAGGAGCAUUAAAAAAAUUCGAUCGUUCGCGUGUUGUAAGCACAAUAAAAUCCACUUCGAAAAACAAGAUUCCUAAACGAAACGAAAAGAAAUAAAGAAAAAGAAAAACAGCGAUGUCGAGGAGAAGAAGAUACCGAUCCCCGCCUCGAGAUUGCGAGUGAAAAAUCAGCGGUUCCUUUUGUCCGCGUUCUUGUAAAGGAACGAUUCAAAAUGGAAUGAUCAAAGAAAUAAGGCUUUUUUUAAUACCACGGAAAUCUGGCUGUCGAAAUUUGUCACCGAUCAAUCGCGGAUCGAUAUUUUAGUAAAUUCAUUUUUAAUUUCGAGCAUACUCUGAGUGUUAUUCAAAUUCGGGACAAAUUCAUGGUAAAAAAAUGCUGGUGUUGUCCCGCGGAAAAUUAAUAUCAGCCUCGAGAUCUAUAGAUCUCACAGACUCAUCGAAAUUUAACGCCUCGCGUACUCUCGUAUGACGACUUAAUCGUCGAAACGGUCGUUUCUAAAAAUCCAAAUGCCUAUCAAUAAUAAUAAUAAUAAUAUUAAUGAUAAGAGACGGAAAUUCGUCGGUACGAGCAAAAUGGCGACGAGACGCACGAGAGCUUCGAGCGGCCUGAAUCCCUUCGGUUGUGUUACAUUAAGCUGUUUGACUGUGUUGAUAAUGUGCCUCAUCGUUUUACCCAGUCACGUACAAGGGGCUGGACAAAAUUCUGAACCUGGGAUAUGUUCUAUGCUUGGUUGCAACUGUACCGUCAUCGCCCAUCAUUGGAUUAACGUCAAGUGCAUCUUUUCCGACUAUCAGGACAUCGAACUUCGCGAAGGAGCGAUUCCGGCAGAUGCUUUGGAGGUCGAGGUUUCGCACUGUCGAGAGUUGAAGAUUCAUGCUGGUGCAUUUACCGGUGGUGAACAAUUGAAGCGCGUGCACGUAAGCGGAAUUCAUAAUUUCGUGGCAAAACGUCAGGCAUUCCACAACAUUACUGGACCGAAUCCUCUCCUCGAGGUCUCCGAGUGCAACAGGGUCGUGCUCGAGUCUCACGCAUUCAAAAACGCUCGUGGCACUUUAAGCGUCGCUAUAUCUCGUUGCAAACACGUAGAGAUUAAGCCAAACGCGUUUUCCUGGCUACUCAAGAUAUCCGUCAAGGAUGUUAUGACCCUCGAUCUUUCAAGCAACGCGUUCAAGUUCGAGGCACCUCCGCACGGACGUCAUGGACCAGCGACUAAGAUUAUGUUCCAAAGCGUGAAAAUCCCGGAGUUGCCAAGUUCAGUGUUUCCAUCAGCCGCAGCCGAAGUACGAAUGGACGACGUGUGGACAAGGGUCAUUAAAAAGGAUGCCUUUUGCGCAGUGACCAUACUCAGCAUCAUGAUAAGCAACGCGUCUAUUUUCGAAAUUGAAAAUGGAGCUUUCAGCGGUCGAACGCUCGUUCGGAAUUUCGAACUGGUGGAUGUCAGAGUCCGGACAAUGAGGAGUGGGGCAUUUCAAGCUGCUUUCGACAACUUCACGAUACAGUAUUCCAGAUUGAACGAGAUUGAGCCAGAAGCAAUAGACGUUUCGGUGGCAACGGUGACAUUCAACAACAACGAGUUUCACAACGUGAAAACGAAUUCGAUAGUAUUAAGGCAGUGGAACCGAAUCGCAAUAGAUCACAAUCUCUUCCUACUGUUGGAAAAAGACGCGAUAUCAGCAGGCGUCGUGGCGACGAGAGCACCGAAUUUGGAGUUUUCAUUUACGGGCAAUAGGGUGAAUAAAUCGGAGCCAGGUGCACUGAGAUUCGCGUCGGUAAGUCAACGAGUCAAUACCGCCCACGUUGGCAACAAUUAUUUCGAAGAGCCAUGCACUUGUUUGUUGGACGAAUGGAUGAGGAAAGUGACGGGGAGUAACACAUCGACGGCUUGGAUGAUGGAUUCGAGUUAUUGCGUCGCCGGUGAAUGGCUGGAAAGAUGCUUCAAAAUACCGCAGGGUUAUCUAUCGAUGCGGAAUUACACGAGCGUGAUAUGCCAGCCGGAUGGGGAUAUAACUUGCAAAGAACCGUCGGCGAAGCCUCAGCCGAGCGUGAGUCCACCGAGCGUCGGUCCUCAUAUUUAUCCGCGUCAAAACAGUUACUUCGACGUCGAGAUGAGCGAUACGGAACAAUUGGAACGAGAAAAGAGAAUAAUAGUGGUUAUAUGCAUAGCAGCGGUGUUCGCGAUCGUAGCGAUAAUCCUGACUUCCGGUGUAAUCUACAUGAGACGCCGUGGGGUUUGUCCCAAAUUGACAUCUGGCCCGUUGAUGAACAUAGCGAGUUCGUGGCUAUCGCCGAGCAGUGGAAUGGCCGUGGCGACGUCCGCGAGAUCAAUAUCGAGAAUGAGCGUUCACGAGUACGCCGGUUUACGACCGGAGACUCGAGUCCUCGAGGUGGAUCCACCCGAGACCGAGGCUCUCGAGGAUGAGGCUUUCGAUCCAGAAGCUUACGCCUAUACCGAGAACAAAGCCACCCAGACACUGCCGGAAGAAUUGACCGAAGAGUAUCUCCGAGAUUUACGGGAGAGGCUCAACGAUCCGGACAAUUACAGUCAGGCACGUGACAUGAUAGAACAUCUUUAUGAUCUCAUCAAAGUCGAAGAAAGUUGCAACAACAAUAAUGAUCGAGGUGUAACCUCGAACCACGAGGACGAGAACGCUUACGAUGUGAUUGGACCGAGAACGAGAAGGCAGAGAGGAAAUACGAAGCCUUCUGUGAACGUUGGAACGAGAGUCCCGUCGCUCGAGAGGCUUUUACCCACUAACCCGAGAACCAGACCACCCAUUGCCGAAUACACAGAACCAAGGGACCAGAGAACGUUGGAUCAGAAUCAUUUGUACGCUGAAUUGCCAGGUGACGAAACGGUUCCAAGUACCAGUAGGUUAACCCAACCGAUUCUGGCCACUUUAGCUGGAAGAGCACCUCUCCCUCUGCCACCAGACGUCGUCAACGACCACCUAAUCAACAAGGACAAUCUUCAGGAGCGAAAGUACGCCGAUCCUAUGAGUCUCAGCGAGUAUGCUGACCUCAAGCUCGACGAUUCGAGUCCCAACCGCUCGCGCGAGGACAACCAAUCGAACAACAAGAACCAGCAGGGUAGGCCUCUCAGUUUUUUGAAAGCUCUUGGCGAGAGUAUUCUUGGAGCGACGAAAAUAAGCAACAAGAGGCCGGUUAAUUCAUUGUUAUGUGAGUACACAGAUCCUACGGACGCGACGACCCAUCUCUAUUCAGAACUUCCAGAACCCCAGACAUCCACGUGUCAAAUAAGCAAAAUGGCCAACAGACCACUGCCGACCAAGCCCGAUCAGGAUGACACCGUCCGAGAUGUUAAUUCGGCGAGGGCGUGAAAUUCACUGUUGCACCCUUCAGCCGCUUGUCUGUGAUACGAUUUGAAGAUGAAGAUUGUUUUUUUUUUUAUAUAUAUAUCGAGUGUGAAAGAAGAAAAUUGAUUAUGUUCCUCGAGAUAUCCGACGAGAAGAAUACGAAGAAUCUCGAUCUUUACGACUCCACAUUCAGGAUUUUGAAAUUCGUUUCAGUAUCUAGAUGAACGAUUGUUAAUAUCAUUAGUCAGGAAUUGAUUUCCAGAUACGUAUAUGGAACCACCAUUGUAAAUAUUCGCCAGUGCAUAGACGUUUUUUUUUUACUAUCGUUUAUUUUUGCCACAAACGAAUGAAAAAAGCAACAAGUUCGAGUGGAAGUGGUGAGUCGCGGGUGAGUCAGAUGCAGUCACGAGCGACUGUUGGUCUCUCGUUUUUGCACUCCAUAUACAUAAAUAUACAUAUAUAUAUAUAAAAAUUCUGUAUACGUAUUCUCUUUGUUGGCAAACGAAACGAAAUAUUACGAUAUUAAAGAACUGCGAAGCAAGAACCUCCAUCUCAUUAUGUAUAUUGUACAUACAUUACUAUUAUUAUAUCUAUAUAUAUUUGCUAUGUAUGAUUAAAGAAUAGCGUGCGCAUUCGUCGCAAUGAAGAAAUGAAAAAAAAAGAGUUGAAAAUG